AUGGCACGAACAAAGCAAGCGGCGCCCAUUCAGCGCGAACCGACGUCCGAGUACGUGGGCAAGGAGGAGCGGGCGGCGGCGCUACGAUCGAAAAGCGAGAAAGCCAGCGGCCAUGGUCGAAAAACAAACGAAACGGGCGAGGUGUCUGUGGCGGCUGCAGGGAUCCAGCAGGUGGUCAUUGCCGUGGCCGGCAUCUACGGGUCGUUGUUGCGGAACCACGACGACAGCCUGACGUGGGGCUAUCUGCAGGAGAAGCUGACGACGACAGCCCACGCGGCGCCGAUGACGACAGCCAGCAGCAGCCGCAGCAGCGAGGUCUUCCACUUCCCCGUCUUUCUCAACACGGUGCAGUCGGCCAUGGCGGCCGUGACGGGGCUGCUGUACCUCUGGGCAGCGACGCCGCGUGGCUGCUUGGUGCCGCCGAUCGUGCCGUCGCUGCGGCUGCUGGGACCGCUGUUGCUGGUCGCGCUGACGUCCUCGCUGGCGUCGCCCUUUGGCUAUGCCGCGCUCGGCCACAUCGACUACAUCACGUACAUCCUGGCCAAGUCGUGCAAGCUGCUGCCCGUUAUGUUUCUGCACGUGACCAUCUUCCGUCGACGCUACCCGCUCUACAAGUAUCUCGUCGUCGCGGCCGUGACGGCCGGCGUAGCCGUCUUCACGCUGCACACCGGCAGCCGUCAUGGCAAGUCGUCCUCGUCGGCCUCGGGCCAGCGCUCCUGGGGUCUUCUCCUGCUGGGUGUCAACUUGCUCUUUGACGGCCUCACCAACAGCACUCAGGACUACAUCUUCGAUGCUUUCCGGCCCUUCUCCGGCCCCCAGAUGAUGUGCGCCAACAGCUUGAUGCAGACGGCCGUCACGGGCGCCUAUCUGCUGGCUGUCAACCCGUGGCUGGUGCACUCGGGCGUCGGCGCCUGGCUCGGCGCCGUCGACGAGUCUGCCGCGGCCACCGGAGGCGAGCUGGCCGCCGCUCUCGCCUUCCUGCAGCGCCACCCGUCCGUCUGGCGUGACGUCCUCGGCUUUGCUGCCUGCGGUGCCGUCGGCCAGAUCUUCAUCUUCUAUGCCCUCUCCACCUUCUCCUCCGUCUUCCUUGUUACCGUCACCGUCACGCGCAAGAUGUGCACAAUGAUCCUGUCCGUGGUGGCCUUUGGCCAUCGGCUGUCGCACAUGCAGUGGCUCGGCGUGGCGCUCGUCUUUGGCGGCAUUGGCGUAGAGGCGCAGAUUGCACGCUCAGAGAAGAUGAAGAAGCAGGCCCAGAAAACAGCCAAAGCUCAGUAG